AUGGCAGUUAUAGCGCGGUCGGCUUGGAUAAGUUUGUAUAAAGAUUUGCAAAGAUCGGCAGCUAAAUUUCCACAAUAUAACUAUCGUCGUUUCUUCAGGCGUCGCAUACGUGAUCAUUUUGAACGAGCAUUGGCUGACAAAAAUCUUUCGGAAAUUGAAUUCCAGCAGAAGUGUCAAGAUUUUUUGGCAAUUAUUAAUCGUCAGGUUGCUGUUCACAGUUAUUACCCUCCGUCAAAACUCAUUAUUGAACAAGAAUUAGAUCAGAAGCAGUUGAAUAGCUAA